AUGCUGCGCGACCACUUCAUCCAGUGGACAUCCAGCCACUCCAGAGCCGAUAAAUUCCGGAAGCUGAUCUUGCGCUUGGAGAUGAAGGUGGUGGUCGCCACAAAGCACCUGGAACUUGCCUACGACUGGACUCUGAGGCCGGGUGCUUUCCACGAGAGCACAGCAGCCAUGGCCCGGAAGUUGGGGGUAUCUACUGUCCGGAAGGUGCUGGAUGCAGACGGCUCGCCAUACUCGGUCCUGGUCUACGGUCUCUUGGCAGCGCUCCAAGCACUACACGGGGCGCGGCUCACGGGAAAGCAAGCAGGGAAAGGAGCUCAAAGUCUUGAUGCGCUUUCAGCCACGGCCCGGCGCACUGACGAGGAUCAGUUUGAAGUCAAGGAAGUUGCUGACAACUGUCCGCUCAUCUUCCGUGGAAUCUGGGUUCCAAAACGGAUCGAUGAGCACGAUGCAGCGUACACGUGGUCCUUUAAUUCGUUCUCCCGCAGUAUGGAGGGUGUACUGUGGGUGCUGGAUUUCUAUGCCGUGGAGGCAACUGGCAACGAACGUGUUGCUGCCUUGGCUUGGCAAGAGUCUCACAUCUUGAUUUAUGUGGCGCGCUUCAACGCUGCUAGCAGCUCCUGGGCAUUUCCAGUUCAAUUCUUCAAUUCGGGAAUGGCUGCCGACGUUGAGAAGGAGGUGGUGGUGCCGCCCUUUGUUCACUACGACUUCGAGAUCCUCUACGGAAGCCUCUACGAAGUGCGCAGCACAAUGUCACCUGCGAUGAAGACGGCUGCGCUUACAGGGCUGGAACGGCUUUGGGGCAUCUCGCUGGAGCACGCGCCCCAGCUCCUGGACAUCCUCAACGGAAACGGCUGCCAAGCCUUCCCCGGUCUGAACCGCGACGUGAGAGUAACCGUGCGCUUCAUCAAAGAGAUUGAGCUCUGCAAGCCGCUGCGCGAGAUGAUGAAAGCGGCAAGCGGGCCGCCCGAGAACUUGCUCCUUGCAUUCCCGCCAAAGGAUCCCGAAGCCAGCAGGGGUGAGUUGAGGGUUUAG